ACAUGUUUCCCACACGCCAAUAACCAAGUCAAAUCAACAAGAAAUUAAACCAAAUGGGAGAUGAUCAAGAAAUAUGUUUAUCUAGCUCCUUGCUAGACUACAUUUAUCAAUAAUAUAUCACUCUUAAUGUUAAAAAAAAAAAAAAAUGGAAGAAAACCAGCAAAAGCUAGUAUUUGCCAUCAAUGGAGAACGUUUUGAACUCUCAAGCGUUGACCCGUCAACAACAUUGCUUCAGUUCUUGCGUUCUCGCACUCGUAUCAAGGGUCCUAAACUUGGUUGCGGUGAAGGUGGUUGUGGUGCUUGUAAUGUUCUACUGUCCAAGUUUGACUCCAACCUCAAUCAAGUUGAAGAUUCCAGAGUGAGUUCAUGUCUUACACUUCUUUGCAGCAUAAACGGGUGCUCAAUUACUACAACCGAAGGACUUGGGAACAGCAAAGAUGGAUUUCAUUCUAUUCACCAACGUUUUGCAGGCUUUCAUGCAUCUCAGUGCGGUUUUUGCACUCCAGGGAUGUGUGUCUCACUCUUCUCGGCACUUGUCAACGCAGAAAAAACCCAUCGACCAGAACCGGCUCCUGGCUUGUCCAAACUCACUGUCUCAGAAGCCGAAAAGUCAAUUUCUGGGAAUCUAUGCCGGUGCACUGGUUAUCGACCCAUUGUUGAUGUAUGCAAAAGUUUUGCCGCUGAUGUUGAUAUGGAAGAUUUGGGGCUUAAUGCAUUCUGGACAAAGGAUGCCAAACUUAGUAAAUUACCUUUUUAUGAUCCAAAAGAGAUAUGUACUUAUCCCGAGUUUUUGAAAAUCGAAUCCAAGUCUCCAAUGGUUUUGACAUAUCAGAAUAGGUCUUGGGAUACUCCAGUUUCUAUGGAAGAACUUGGGAGCUUGUUGGAAGCUGCAAAAGGUGUGGCAGUUAAGUUGGUUGCUGGUAACACGGGAAUUGGUUACUAUAAGGAAACGAAGCAGUAUGAUAAGUACAUUGAUCUAAGGUUUAUCCCCGAGCUUUCUAUAAUAAACAGAGAUGACUCACAGAUAGAAGUUGGAGCAACCGUUUCAAUUUCUAAAUUAAUCGUGGCUUUAAAAGAAGAAAAAAAUGGUGAUAAUUGCUCGGAAGGUAAUAUGGUUUUCAAAAAAAUUGCUUCCCACUUUGAGAAAAUUGCUUCUGAAUCCGUUCGAAAUUCAGCAAGUAUAGGUGGAAAUUUGGUAAUGGCUCAAAGGCAAAGUUUUCCUUCUGAUAUCGCCACUGUACUUAUUGCUGUGAAAUCAAAAGUCACUAUCCUCAUAGGGACCGAAAAGGAAAAUAUCACAUUAGAGGAGUUUCUGAAAAAACCUGGUUUGGAUUCAAGAAGUGUGCUUAUGAGUGUGCAAAUCCCAUGCUUGAAACCAACCAAAAAUAGCUGCCUUUUAGAAUGCUGCUUUAGAUUCAAGAAGGAUAGUCCUAAACUUUUAUUUGAAACUUAUCGUGCUUCACCACGCCCUCUUGGGAAUGCAUUGCCUUAUUUAAAUGCUGCUUUUUUGGCUGAUGUUUCUUCAUGUGACAGUGGCGUUGUUAUAAACAGUAUUCAGUUAGCUUUUGGUGCUUUUGGGGUUAAACAUGCAAUCAGGGCGAGCACGGUUGAAAAUCAUGUUGUGGGAAAAACGCUAAGUGUUGGUUUAUUAUAUGAAACUCUCAAAUUGGUAAGGGAGGCCAUUUCACCUGAAAAUGGGACAUCCCAUCCUGCUUAUCGAUCAAGCUUGGCUGUUAGCUUUUUGUUUGACUUCCUCGUACCAAUGCUUGAUUCUUACGGCUCCAUUCCUAAAUCCAAUUACAGCUCUCCUGAACUUUGUUCAAAAAUGACAUUUAAUGAUUGUGAAAGAACGACAUUAUUGUCAUCAGCAAAGCAGGUGGUAGAAUCGAGCGAUGAAUAUUACCCUGUUGGCCAACCAAUCAUAAAGUCUGGUGCAGCCAUCCAAGCUUCUGGUGAAGCUGUAUAUGUAGAUGACAUUCCUUCGCCAUUGAACUGCCUUCAUGGAGCAUUCAUUUACAGCACCAAACCAUUGGCACGGGUAGAGGGCAUUAAGUUAAAGUCUAAAACAGAUGUAAAUGCUGUUAUUACAUUUCAAGAUAUACCAGAAGGUGGGGAUAAUAUUGGAUCUAAGUGCUUAUUUGGUCCUGAACCUCUUUUUGCCGAUGAGCUUACCGAAUCUGCUGGCCAGCGUAUAGCAUUUUUGGUCGCAGAUACACAGAAGAAUGCAGAUAUGGUAGCUGAAAUGGCGAUGAUUGAUUACAACACCAAGGACUUAGAGCCACCUAUAUUAACUGUUGAAGAGGCGGUUGAGAAAUCGAGCUUUUUUGAAGUCCCUUCAUUCAUACGUCCGUCUGAAAUUGGAGAUUUCUCAGAGGGAAUGACUGAAUCUGAUCACCAAAUCCACUCAGCGGAGAUUACACUUCCAUCGCAGUACUAUUUCUAUAUGGAGACACAAACUGCAUUAGCUAUCCCAGAUGAAGACAACUGCAUGGUGGUGUACAGUUCCACUCAGUUCCCCCAGUAUGCACAAAGUGUGAUUGCACGGUGUCUUAACAUUCCUGAACAUAAUGUCCGGGUAAUUACAAGAAGAGUUGGAGGAGGGUUUGGUGGGAAGUCUUAUAAAUCUAUGCCUGUUGCGACAGCAUGUGCACUUGCAGCAUACAAAUUAAGACGCCCGGUAAGAACAUAUGUCAACCGGAAAACUGACAUGAUAAUGGCAGGAGGACGACAUCCCAUGAAGAUAAAUUACACAGUUGGGUUCAAAUCAAAUGGGAAAAUCACAGCCCUACAUCUUGAUAUUUUAGUCGACGCUGGGAUGUCGCUCGAUGUAAGCCCUAUAAUCCCAUUGAGUUUUAUUAGGGCACUCAAGAAGUACAACUUUGGUGCCUUGUCAUUCGACAUUAAAUUAUGUAAAACAAACCAUACUAGUAAAUCCAUAAUGCGCGGUCCAGGAGAAGUACAAGGGUCUUUUAUAGCUGAAGCGGUGAUAGAACAUAUUGCGAGUGUGCUUUCUCUAGAGGUUGGUUCUGUCAGGGAGACAAACUUCCAUAAUUUUGACAGCCUUCAGUUAUUUUAUGGUGCAAGUGCUGGUGAGCCUUUGGAAUAUACUUUACCAACUAUAUGGGAUAAGUUAAAGGAAUCUUCAAACUUUGACUAUAGAGUCGAAAUCAUCAACAAAUUCAAUGAGUGUAAUAUGUGGCGAAAGAGAGGACUUUCUCGAGUACCCAUUUUGCACGAGGUGUCACUAAGACCCACGCCUGGCAGAGUAAGUAUUUUACUGGAUGGUUCAGUUGUGGUAGAAGUUGGUGGUAUUGAGUUGGGUCAGGGGCUAUGGACCAAGAUUAAACAAAUGACUGCAUAUUGUCUUAGUGCGGUGCAAUGUGAUGGAGCCGAUGGGAUCUUGGAGAAACUACGGGUCAUACAAGCAGAUACGUUGAGUAUGAUUCAAGGCGGUCUUACGGCUGGAAGUACUACUUCUGAAGCAAGCUGUGAAGCAGUUAGACUUUGCUGUAAUGUUUUGGUUGAAAGACUUGUUCCUUUAAAAGAAAAACUAGAAGAACAAAUGGGCACAGUUAAAUGGGAAUAUCUUAUUACGCAGGCUGAUUCCCAAUCCAUCAAUUUAUCAGCAAGCUCAUAUUUUGUGCCCGAGAAUACGUCCAGUGGAUACCUUAAUUACGGUGCUGCAGUUAGUGAGGUGGAGGUGAAUAUUCUGACCGGAGAAACAAAAAUUUUGCAAGCAGACUUAAUAUAUGAUUGUGGAAAGAGUUUGAAUCCUGCUGUCGAUUUGGGACAGAUUGAAGGGUCUUUUGUGCAAGGGAUCGGGUUUUUUAUGCUUGAAGAGUAUCUUACAAACUCAGAUGGCUUGGUUGUGGCGGACAGCACAUGGACAUACAAGAUACCGACGAUUGACACCAUGCCCAGCAAACUCAAUGUGCAAAUACUAAACAGCGGACAUCAUAAAAAGCGUGUUCUCUCUUCAAAAACUUCUGGAGAAGCACCGUUACUUCUUGCAGCUUCUGUUCAUUGUGCAACAAGAGCCGCGAUUAAAGAAGCAAGAAACCAACUAUCUUCUUGGAAGGGUUUAGAACCAGAUCAUUCAGUUUUCCAGUUAGAUGUUCCUGCUACCUUGCCAGUGGUGAAGACAUUGUGCGGGCUUGAUAAUGUGGACUUUUACCUUCAGAGCUUGUUGUCUAGCUCAUAAAAAUGGUAGCCUUUGCUGUUACAAGGUUAUUUGUUGAGGUUGAUGGUUGCUAGAUAUGUAGUUUGUAUCCUCAUCAAUAAGCAUUAUCAAUAAUUGUAGGGCUAAUUAUUUGGAAAGUUAAGACUUUACCAGGGUAACCUUUCACCCAGAUAUCUUUACUGGGUCUGAACAAAAAACAUCAUUUCGGUGGGACAAAACUUGGAAAAACAACUAUUGUGGUUAAAGUGACCUAUAAACUGUGCUGAUGUGUAUCCAGUUUUGUUCAGACCUAGUAAAGAUAUGUGGAACAAGUUUGGAUACAAUUCAGGUAAUUAGCCCUAAGUUAUAAUAUGAUGUCCUUUAUAUUAUGAUUCUUAAUCAAUAUAUUUUGUGGGUUUCCUGAA